CUGGAAUACAAUGGCCGACUAGAGGCGCAGUCUGGUGGGAUUCUGGCGGGAUAUUUGUUUUGUGGUUAAUGGCAUUGCAAAGUUUGAGCUCAGUUUUGACGGAGUGUGUGAUAUGAUUCGAGUGCGUUGUAAUAUUUGCAGGGAAUCCAUUCAAGAUGGCGCGGCAUGUUGUCCAUGUGGCCAUGUUUAUCAUCUAAUAUGCAUAAAUCAGUGGCUAAAUCAAAGUCGGUCAUGCCCAACAUGUCGUACCACUGCUUCAAAAGCUAUUUUGCUGUUCUUUGAUGGAGUAGACUUGAACAGUUCACAAGUUACAAAUGAUGUGGACACUCUAAAGAAUACUAUUGAAGAUCUUAAGUCUUUGUUGAACCAGAAAGAAGUUGAUCUCAGGAGUUUAAAACAGGAACACAAGAAAGAGCUUGCUAAGGAGAUAUCUGUGGUGGAAAAGCAAAAAGAUUCUUAUCUGGAGGAAUUAAGGAAACAGUACGAGAAGAGACUUCAAAUAGAAAAAUCAACUUCUGCUGGACUCAAGAAGCAACUGAGGUAUAUGAAGGAAAAAGAAAGAGAACUUGCAGUUGCACAGAGUGAAGCCACUCAACUAAGAACAGAGUUUUCAAAAUUUAAACGCAUGAAAAUAUUAAUAGAGGAACAUACAAGUGAAGCCGAGGACAUGUUGCAGCAGUUAGAUGCUAAGUCGUUCCCGGAAGUCAUCCUUCAACUUAUCACACUAAAAAGGAAACUAGAGGAAAAAAAGUUGAAAUGCAAGCAGGCCAUAGAUACAACAGAGAAAGUUAGAAAAGAAAACAUUAUGAUAAAAAAUGAGGCAGCUUACAAGGAAAUUGAGUUGACAAAAAUGAAAGAUAAUCUUAAGAUGGCAGAGGAAGACAUCCAAAAACUUGAAAAAGAAAAUGCUAGUUACAAGAAUAAGCUAACAGCAAUGGAGAGAGCAUUUUCAUCCCCUAGUCCACGGAGUAGUGCCAUUGGUCGCCUCAUAAGGGAGAGUCCAGCACCAAUGGAUAUUAAGAGGCCGAGGCUGAGCUGUACUGAAGAGGAUUUGGAAAAUAUUGUUAUAGCAGAGACACCAUCCCCAAAGCCAAAAGGUUUUGAUGGCAACAGUGAACUGAGGAACAUUGCAGAAGAAGUGGGUUUGUCCCUGGUGAAGACAACAAGCCUAACCUCUCCACCCAGUCACACAGUUUUGAAGCCAGCUCAACAACAGCCUAAGAAGGUCCCAAAACCAGCAGGAGGGUCUGUGUUCAGACAGGGUUAUAAUGGACUGGGUGGACAUACAAAGUUCCUUGCUCCAUCAAGACCAAUCAAGACAGCAUCACGUAAAGUGGCAAGACCCAAUGGCAUUUCUAAAUAUAUCAAAUCUUCCAAUCUCAUGAGAGUGGCUGACCCUCCCCUUCCUGUUAUGAACCUGAAUUUAAAUUCUUAAAUUAAAGAUAGCUACUCAGUGAUAACAGUUAUUUAUUACAGAUUCUGUUCACAAUUAUUUGCUUUGAUAAAUUUAUGCAGAUUUUGUUACCCUGGGGAUUGUUCAGGAGAACACAUAAAAAUGUAUUACAUACAUUCCCUUUUAGUGUGCUCAAUUUUUGAAGACCUUAGUAUGCAAAUCCUUUUUUUUUCUGGGCAGUUUGUAGUCUUGUUAGUCACUCACUUUGGUAGUGCUUAUUGAGUUCUUGAAAAUUUUUCUUUGAAAUGUAUUUAAGGCUUCACAUCAAAACUACCUGUAUCUUAUGGAUCAGACUAUUCACUUGUUGUAGUUAGGUUAGGGCCUUUUACUGGAAUUGUUGCUUAAAGCAAAUGAUGUCAUACGUAUGAACUUCAUAUAUUCAUCGUACCAAAUGAUGUCAUGUUUGCUGAAAGAUCAUGAGAAGACAAACUCCUACGGCCCCACUCGCCUACGGUCCGUACGUCACGACCCAAAUGUCUUCUCGUACUGCCCUCCCAUUCAGUCAAAAAGUACGGAUUAAAGAAUGCGUGGAAGGGCCGCAGUGAGGUCCGUAAUGCAUGGCAGAGAGACAUAUUUUCUCGUCAAGUCCUACCUGACUCGGGCAAAGAACAGUUUUUCAUAUGACCUCCGGUCGUUGCACCUUACGGCCUUGUCCGGCGGUCAUGUUAAAACGCAGACUGCAGACCGUGUGCUGACGGGGUAAUUUUUGGUUACUUGCUACUUCACCCUGUCAUACAUUACACCCAUGAUUUACUUAUUUACAACAGGGAAGGUUUUGUGGCCACCAGAUCGUGCCGACUGCUUGUUUUACUCUAGACUUGGCCGGUUUUGGGGUCCUCAACGAAGAGUCUGACUCGCUCACAUUCUAGUCCUGAUUACAUCUAACUUUAUUUGCUAAAUCAAAGUGCCUAUAUAUUGGUGGCUAGUUUUUACGUGAUUAGAUAUGCGAGGGAAGGCAUGUAGUUUCGUACUACGAAAACGAAGACCCUGCAUUAGCCAAAAGAAUUGCACACUUUUUAACAAGAAUUUUACAGCAGAGAAGGCUUAACGACCGUCAGAAUCUAUUUUAGCUACGAAAUACAGUUGACAUAGGUUAUUUAUUGACAGGCCUAAGAGUCAUUUCCUGUACAGAACGCGUUCAUUGGGCUUGUGCUAUUACAAAAUAGUCUGAGCCUGUUCUUUGUUAUUCUGUCACGGAAUGCUAACUAUAAAUCAAAGGCGGCUAGCAUUCGAAUUCUGCCUGGUGUUCCAGAA